AGCGGAGGGGUCUCCGGCCGUUUGGCGUGAAAUGUCUUACUACGUGGGCGCGGAGCCGAAGAAUCCGGUGCAAUGCGAGAAGUUCUGGAGGAAUCGCAUCGAUGCUGAGGAGGGGGCCGCCGUCCGAGCUACCACCGCGAUGAUGGAGCGAAGCAGCCCAAUCAAUUGGCGGUGCCCCGGCAGCAACGGGUCGCUUCCGGAGAAACCUUCUCAUAGCCGACCUGAGUCCACCCGGAGCUCGUUGUCCUACCGAGGACAGGAGAUCCUCUCGGCCCGAAACUCGGUGGCUGAGGACUUCGAAAAGGCACGGGCAACUUCCAGACUCAGUACGGCCUCCUCAAGGGCGUCGAGCCGGUCCUGCCGAUCCACCGUGCUCUCCCUGGAGCUGGAGAUCGAGCGGGAGCGGCGCCAGGCGGCGGAGAAGGAGGUGGAAGAGCUCCGGCGACAGCUCGCGGAGAAGGAGCCUCCAGUGGGAGUUCCCCGUCGCGGGUCCCGGGCAAUCGGCGCAAGCCGCGGCUCGAAGCUCCGCUGAGCGUGUUGCGCGCGAGAAAGCCUUGACGCGAGGGAUUGCGAGAGUCUUGAUCAGCCCAGAGGGCCU